AUGACAGCUAGACCUCCGCUAUCAGACAUCAUCCAGACGCAUCCUAUUGGGAAAGGUCUUGAUGCCUUUCGCGAAUUAUUCCAGUCGAUAUGCGAAGAUCGUGGUAUCUCAUAUGCGAUAGACGCCCUUGAUCAACUUAGCCAGCAAGACUUUCGGGCUCUUAGCGCUUCGCUUCUUUACUCUUUAGCGAGUCUUCUUGCUUCAAGCCGUCUCUUUCCGAGGACAGGCCGUGGCACUGUUCAAGAUGACAUCCUAAGACCCAUCUCUGCCCUCAUCUCUGCCGUCAACUCUGAGGAUUUCGAUCUUAACUGCAUCAAGCCUUUGCUGAAAGUUUACAAAGUCGUUACCGAAUCCACCCCUCCCCAGCCGAUCGCAUCUUCCUUCCUACAAACGCCAUGGCUCCAUAACACGGGCAGCUUCGCAAACUCGUCCGAGUAUCGACAAGAUGUGGAUAGGAUCCUUAAGUUGGAGCUUGGUCCUCUCUAUGUCGGGCUCCCCCAAUUCCGCGAAACAUAUUUUGGACGCGUCGCAGGCCUCAAGGCAGCGUCCGAAGCCGUCUUCCAGAGAUGCAGAGAAGGUGACAAUCCUAUUUUCGAUGGACGAUGGCGCGGAUGGCCGGAAGACGCGAAUCAAGAUGGUGUUUUGGUCUGGUUUGCGGACGUAAUCGACAGGUUGGCAACAUUCGCAGAAGCUAUUAAGCCGAGCCCAGCGCGUCGACGACCGUUGGCACAGCCCAACAAGCCUAUCCAGGGCUCCACGGCAGAACGCAAGCUGGACGUCGGCUUCGUCAGCAACCCCAAUGCCAUCCAAGAUUCUCUUUGCCAUUGGUCGCAAAUCCUCAUACCUGGAGAGCUCAAGAGCAACCUUUCCGCCGAUACGGCCUCCAAAGCAUGGCUUGACUUGAGGAGGUAUGCCAGGGAGGUUCUCGCCGCCCAAGAUACUCGUCGUUUCGUUCUGGGCUUUACCCUCUGUGGCUCGAUCAUGAGGGUUUGGGAAUUUGACCGCCUUGGCGGCAUCGCAUCCGAACGAUUCGACAUCCACGAGGAUCCGCUACAAUUUGUAGCCACCAUUCUUGGGUUUCUCUGGAUGACGGAAGAAGACCUUGGAUUUGGCCCUGCUAUUCGUUUUAUUGAUGGCCAGCGAUGUAUUGAGAUUAAGCGGAUAUCUUGCGUCGCCGGCCGCGCAACGACCUGUUGGAAAGCUCAUCGCAAAGAAGACCCGCGAACACCACUCGUCAUCAAGGAUUCCUGGCAGUAUGUGGAACGUGAUGAGGAAGGCGAACUGCUUCAGGACGUAACCAACAAACAGGUGGUGAACGUGGCCCGGUACUACCACCACGAAACAGUGUAUGCGCGGAAUUACCGACCUAGACACUCCGUCCCUUUUCCGACCACGAUUGCAGUAACUGAUUUGCAGAAGGGCCGGAGUAGCAGCGCAGCCGGCACGAAGCGGUCAUCCAGUCAGACCGGCGCUCCUCUGCCGGCCAGUAAACGAUCAUGUUCUGCAUCCCCGACCAAGGCCGGCAGUAAUCUCCCGCCCAAUCGAAUUCAUCGACGUGUUAUUGUUAGUGAUUAUGGAAAACCUAUUUACGAAGCAAGCUCCCUUGAAGUCCUCCUUGACGCAUGGGGUAGGUGCAUUCAGGGACACAAGUCUUUGCUGCAGCUAGCUGGCUUGCUUCACCAGGACAUUUCGAUCAACAACUUGAUGAUAAACGAAGACCCGGAAAAUCCCUCGUGGUCUGCAUUCUUGAUCGACCUUGACCUUGCCGUGUACAAGCAACGAGAAGACGCAUCCGGUGCGCAAGGAAUGACGGGUACAAGAGCAUUUAUGGCUAUCGGUGCACUCCUAGGCGAGCAGCACUCUUUUAUGCACGACCUUGAGUCCUUCUUCUGGGUGCUAUUCUGGAUAUGCAUCCAUUACGAAGGUCCAGGCAAGGGGAGGCCAGUUUCGGAGUUCGAUAAAUGGAAUUUUAUGGAUGCUGAGGAGUUGGCUACGAUGAAGCUUGGCACUAUAUCUGAGCAAGAUGUAUUUUCCAACAAAUCGUCGAAACAUUUUACUACAUUUUAUCAACCAUUGAUACCCUGGGUUAACCUGCUGCGGCAAGCGAUUUUUCCGAACGGCGGGAGGUGGAAAAAAGAAGACGAGGGGUUAUAUACUCGGAUAGAGGAGAUUUGUCGGGCCGCUCGGGCAGACCUAAAGGGCAUCACGACCGGAAGAUAG